AUGGUCAACUCCUGUUGUGGCUCCACCUGCUCUGGUCAGAGCUGUGGCCAGACCUGCUGCUGUCGGCCCACCUGUUGCCAGACCACCUGCUGUAGAACCACUUGCUGUCGCCCCAGCUGUUGUGUGUCCAGCUGCUGCAGGCCCAGCUGUUGUGGCUGUGGCUCUGGCUGUGGCUCCUGUUGCUGCAGGCCCAGUUGCUGUGGUUCCUGCUGCUGUCGCCCCACCUGCUGCCAGACCACCUGCUGCAGGCCCAGCUGCUGUCGCCCCACAUGCUGCCAGACCACCUGCUGCAGGACUACUUGCUGCCGCCCCAGCUGCUGUGUGUCCAGCUGCUGCCGCCCCAGUUGUGAUCAGACUUGCUGCUGUCGGCCCAGCUGCUGCCAGAAUACCUGUUGCAGGAGCUGUGACUGUGGCUAUGGCUCCUGCUGCUGUAGGCCCAGCUGCUGUGGUUCCUGCCACUGUUGCCCCAUGUGCUGCUAG